CUAUAGAAGUUUUAGACGUAGUUACCGAAAAAACAUAUAUUGGUUAAAACAUAAAAUAUUUAAACUAAACGUCGUAUUAAUUGGCGUACUUAUUGUAUAGCAAGACUCGAAAAUAUAUAUGUGUAAGCAAUAUAUGCGAUAAAAUUGAUAACUAUAUGUGAAAAAGCCGAAAAUAUAAAUAUUAUGGAACAUCAAAAGACAAACACAGAAGAAAAGCCAUACCAGUGUGAUGUGCGUGAUAAAACGCACACGGAAGAGAAGCCAUACCAGUGUAACAUUUGUGACAGAUCGUUUACUCAAAACUGUAGUAUGAUACGUCAUCAGCGAACUCACACGGGAGAGAAGCCAUACCAGUGUGACAUUUGUAGCAAAUCGUUUACUCGUCGCUCUAAUUUGAUACUUCAUCAACGAAUGCACACAGGAGAGAAGUCAUACCAGUGUGACGUUUGUGCCAAAUCGUUUUCUCAUCGCACUAAUUUGAUGCUUCAUCAGCGAACUCACACGGGAGAGAAGCCAUACCAGUGUGACGUUUGUGGCAAAUCGUUUUCUCAUCGCACUAAUUUGAUGCGUCAUCAGCGAACUCACACGGGAGAGAAGCCAUACCACUGUGACGUUUGUGGCAAAUCGUUUAAUCAAAUCUGUAAUAUGACGAGUCAUCAGCGAAUUCACAUGGGAGAAAAGCCAUACCACUGUGACGUUUGUGGCAAAUCGUUUACUCGAAACUAUAAUAUGAUGCGUCAUCGGCGAACUCACACGGGAGAAAAGCCAUACCAGUGUGACAUUUGUAGCAAAUCGUAUACUCGUCGCUCUAAUUUGAUACUUCAUCAACGAAUGCACACAGGAGAGAAGUCAUACCAGUGUGACGUUUGUGGCAAAUCCUUUAAUUGUCGCACUGGUUUGAUACUUCAUCAGCGAAUGCACAUGGGAGAGAAACCAUACCAGUGUGAUGUUAGUGGAAAAUCGUUCACUCAGAAUAUUCAAAAAUAGCACAUCAUCGAACUCAGAGAGCAGUAGUAGCGUAAUUAGGAAAUUGUUCUGGGGAACAAUUAGCUUUUGUCUAAAUAUUUUAUUUUUUGGUUGGGGGCUGAGCCCCCGGCACCUAUUUGCACCAUGAUGUACACAAUUUAAGAAUUAUAAUAAAAAAGAAUACAUAUUAACAUCA